CAAUAUCGUGUUUCAGUUUUUUUUUUGUUGAUUAUUUUCUAAUCUUGAGUUUCCCCUAUUCUGCAUCAGAUAUGCAUGUACUAUGAGUCCAUAAUCCAUAUUAUUUCAGUGAUAACAUGAGGGGUGUACUAAGGACAUUGUUAUUUGAUCCCUCUUUUUUCUUUUUCUCUUAUUUAAGGGACUUACAUUUGUUAUGCUCAGGUGUAAACCUUGAUGGAAUCUGUUUUCACUUUUCUUUCUCAGAGAGUUUUUACAUAGCUUUAUGGCUCUGUAAUGAUGGUCAUUGGAGUAUAUCCGUCCUAUGGAUUUUUGAUCUAGCAUUCUCGUCUCCCAAAAAUAUUUUAAGUUUUACAUUUUUCCUUUUAUUUUCACUGGGCUUUGGGAGAGGUUGUUAAAACUUUUGCAAAACCAGUAAACUUUUGUGGUAUCUACCAGAUUGGUUCAAUGCCAUUUGCUUAUUUUCUUGGCAUAUGGUGGAAGUCGUGACUCGUGAAAAGCAUUAAAAAAUAGCUCGUUUUAGUAUGUAUAACCUAAGUUGUCGGAUUUUGGAUCAGUUAAUAUCCAGAAUCAAAGAAUCACUGCAAACGUGAUAUAUUGUUCUUAUGGUUCCUUGCUAUUCUGUAGAAUCGCAUAUUGAAGACUUGACUCAGGAAAAGUUUUCACUGCAACGAGCUCUUGAGGCCUCAUGUACAUUAGCAGAAUCUUUGGUUGCUGAAAACUCAUCUUUGACUGAUAGUUAUAACCAACAGAGAAGCAUUGUCAACCGGCUAAAAUCUGACAUGGAGAGCUUACAAGAAGAAAUCAAGGCCCAACUGGAUGGUGCACAGGAUGUUGUUGAACUUUGGCCUGCAAUGCAAUAGGAAACCAGCAGCAAACCAGCGUGCAGACCAGCAUCCAAGCUGAACCAGAUAAGCAGCAGCAUUUUGUUUAUUUUGUUCAUUUGUAACUUGAUUUAGUUGCAAUGUAAUUUAUACUUAAAGUUAGUAGGAGUAGUUGUUGAUUUAUGUUUUAUGUUAUAGCUGGUAUGUCAGCUACAUUUUGUUUGUAAUUCUAUCUAGGCUUUAGUCAUGUAUCUUAUACUUGACUCGUUCAAGCUUUUGAUGGUUUUUGAACCAUGAACAAUAAGAAAUGAAUCAGAUAUGUUGAUGAAGAAUUGAACAUGUGGUUUCUAUUGGUAAUUUAUACUUAAAGUUAGUAGGAGUAGUUGUUGAUUUAUGUUUGAUGUUAUAGCUGGUAUGUCAGCUACAUUUUGUUUGUAAUUCUAUCUAGGCUUUAGUCAUGUAUCUUAUACUUGACUCGUUCAAGCUUUUGAUGGUUUUUGAACCAUGAACAAUAAGAAAUGAAUCAGAUAUGUUGAUGAAGAA